UGGCGGGGGGAGCUGCCGCUCAGGGCGUGGACCGGUGGCCGGACAGCGGGGCUGCUUAAAGGCGCCGCACGCCGGCGCCCCGUGUUUUCCCCCGUGCGUGCGAACGGGUGAGAGUGCGGAGCGGCGAGCGACACCGGGAGCCAUCGCCUCUGACAGAUCUACCACCAUGCCUGGGUCUCUUCCAGUGAAUGCUGAAUCCUGUUGGCCCAAAGAUGUGGGAAUUGUUGCACUGGAAAUAUAUUUUCCCUCUCAGUACGUUGACCAGACAGAGCUGGAGAAGUAUGAUGGUGUGGAUGCUGGGAAAUACACCAUUGGGCUGGGCCAGUCAAAGAUGGGGUUCUGCUCUGACCGGGAGGAUAUCAAUUCUCUCUGCUUGACGGUAGUUCAGAAGCUCAUGGAGAGGAACAGCCUUUCCUAUGAUUGUAUUGGGAGAUUAGAAGUUGGAACGGAGACGAUAAUUGAUAAAUCAAAAUCUGUAAAGACUGUCCUCAUGCAGCUUUUUGAAGAAUCUGGUAAUACGGAUGUAGAAGGAAUCGACACCACCAAUGCAUGCUAUGGAGGCACCGCUGCUCUUUUUAAUGCCAUUAACUGGAUUGAGUCCAGUUCUUGGGAUGGACGUUAUGCACUUGUCGUUGCUGGAGACAUAGCUGUGUAUGCCACUGGAAAUGCGAGGCCAACAGGUGGAGCUGGUGCUGUUGCUAUGCUAGUCGGUCCAAAUGCUCCUUUAAUUUUUGAGAGAGGGUUGCGUGGAACUCACAUGCAGCAUGCGUAUGACUUCUAUAAACCAGAUAUGGUUUCUGAAUAUCCGGUAGUUGAUGGCAAGCUAUCUAUACAGUGCUACCUCAGUGCAUUAGAUCGCUGCUAUACUGUCUAUCGCAACAAAAUCCACGCCCAGUGGCAAAAGGAGGGAACAGACAGACGUUUCACCUUGAAUGACUUUGGAUUCAUGAUCUUUCAUUCUCCCUACUGUAAACUGGUACAGAAAUCUGUGGCCAGACUCUUGCUGAAUGACUUUCUCAGUGACCAGAACCCAGAAACAGCAAACGGUGUAUUCAGUGGUCUGGAAGCUUUCAGGGAUGUAAAACUUGAAGAUACAUACUUUGACAGAGAUGUGGAAAAAGCUUUUAUGAAAGCCAGUGUAGAGCUCUUCAAUCAGAAAACCAAAGCUUCAUUACUUGUAUCCAAUCAGAAUGGAAAUAUGUAUACCCCAUCAGUCUAUGGUUGCCUUGCUUCUCUUCUGGCCCAGUACUCCCCAGAGCAGCUCGCAGGACAGAGAAUCAGUGUGUUCUCGUAUGGCUCUGGUUUUGCUGCUACACUAUAUUCCAUCAGAGUUACACAGGAUGCCACUCCUGGUUCUGCACUGGACAAAAUAACUGCCAGCCUCUCUGAUCUCAGAACAAGACUUGACUCAAGAAAAUGUGUUGCACCUGACAUCUUUGCUGAAAACAUGAAGAUUAGGCAGGAAACGCAUCAUUUGGCCAACUAUAUUCCACAGUGUUCAGUAGAAGAUCUCUUCGAGGGAACAUGGUACCUUGUGCGUGUGGAUGAAAAACACAGGAGAACUUAUGCGCGGCGCCCACUCGUGGGUGAUGGGCCUCUGGAGGCAGGAGUUGAAGUUGUCCACCCAGGCGCUGUUCAUGAGCACAUCCCAAGCCCUGCUAAGAAAGUGCCAAGAAUCCCUGCAACAACAGAACCUGAAGGCGUUACUGUUGCCAUUUCCAAUGGGGAGCAUUAAGAUACCUCUGUGAGGUGGGGAAUGAAACAAGGUGUGAGGGUAGGGUGAGAGAGAAAAAGGAUUGCAGUAGUGCAGAAGUUUCAGUGUACAGUAGUACUUCAUUGGAGCAUGGAAAAACUGUUUAAGCUUCUUGAAAAGAUUUGUCAUAAUGUGGCGUGCUGAUAUUUAUAGUAUUUUCAGAACACUAAAAUCAUGAAUAUACUGGAGAUGGAGGGACUUGCCAGGGGCUGCGUGGAUUCCUUAACAUGUCUGAAUUUUUUUAAUUGCUGAGUAGUAGCUGUAGUCUUAUUACAAGGGUUUUGUAUGCAGAAUCUUCUGCUUGCUCUUCCCAUGUAAAAUGACUUGAAAGCUAAACUGUUAAGUUCUUCUUAUACUCAAGUGUGUGGUAGAAUACUCCACGCUUUUAAUGUUAGGGUUCUCAGUGCCUUGACAGUAACCAGUCAAUCUUCUGAAUACUGCACUUCUCUUUCCCUUUAUUGCCUUCCCUUUCUUCUCCCAGUCUACCUCCCAUCACCCCAUUGCUUUGUGAAGGGUAUAGAAUCAAGGAACACUCAUUGCUGGAAUAGAAUAUCUCUCUCCUGUUAAAAUGACUGGAUCAAGAACAGCUAGACUGACAGGUUUUGGUUUUCUUCUAAGAAACUCUGACCUACUGUGUUAGUUACUAUGUAGUUCCUCCUAACAUUAUAUUAUGUGUUUUAUACAUGCAUUAUAAGUCACAGCAGCCUGGGAGGAAAGAGGAAAAAGAAGGGAGGUAGUAAUUUUUUUUUCUUCUAAAGACCAUAAAGGGUAUAAUUCUUGGGUUUGUUGAUUUGGCACCUUUUUAGGAUUGUUUAGUAGAAGUAUUUAAGGCAGUAGAAUUUUCAAAUUAAACUUCUAGCUAUUAUGGAGCUGUUUUAAUUGGCAAACGAAGGGAGGAAGCUUACUUUGUCUGGAGCUCUGGCCUCUAUUCUUUAUAUAAUACAUUUCUAAAAGACUAUUUCUAACUUUGAAUUUGGCUUUGUACUUUGAAGUCCUUUCCACUGUUCGUAAUACUGUAGGCAUGGGGUCUUUUAUUUCUUUCCUGCCUCUCCCCUCCCCUGCCACCCCCCCCCCCCGUGUUGUUUCCACCCCCCCACCCCCCCCAGUAUGCAAGCUGAAAGCUAUCCAUUUUGCAGGUGGUAGAUAUACAAUGCUAAUGGGGAGUCCAUUCUGGUGAAUUUUUAAAGCCCAGAUUGGAAAUGAACUAUGACAUGAGCCUUGUAAGCUUGUAAUAUAUAUUUAAAUUGAGCUAAUGUACAGAAUGAAGUUUUGUUGAAUUUUGUUCCUUUGCUAAUUCUACAAAGCUACAUUAUUUAAUAUAAAGUAGCAAAACCUGAUUUGUCUGUUAAAUUACAACUUUUUUGUGUGUAAUGAAGUGUUUGUAUUAUCUGUCACUCUCUAGGAUUUGAUAACUUGCUGUAUUUGUACAGUCAAGCCUUGGUAAAACAGUUGUUUAUUAUAAAUUGAUGCAUACUAAUCUCUUUGUUCUGCUGAAAAUGAUGGAGCAAUGAUGCAUGAUGAUAGUGUUUGCAAGUAUUUUGGUUUAGGUUGCCCUUGGGAAACUUAUCUUGGCACCAGAAAAACAAAUUGCCAUGGAACAAAGUCCACUGCUGGCAGUGGACAAGCCAAGAAGUGAGCUACUGGCACAAAGUUAACCACAGGGAACUCACGGUCUGUGAGGCUGAUCCUUUAUUAAAAUAAAGUUUGAGAUAUUUGAAA